GUCUUUAGAUCCGUACUCUCACCUCGCCAACGAAUCCUAUGUAGUUCAGAGGCUGUUUAUUCGUGUCCUUUUUGAUGCUAUACGCACCCCCUCCUGAUUGAGAAUAUCUGCUUCUGCGAAGUCAGUGACAAGUGCAAGAUUUGCGCCACCGUGCUCUUUUCUCAUCUAGACACGCACCUCUUUUACGAUGUUGCGGUUUAUUUUCAGACGGUCGCCGCCGCUUCGCAUUGGUACGAUUUGUGCAUGCCUUUCGACUCUCGAAAGCUCUCCGGGCAUGUUCCACUGGUCCAUCGUCGUACCGAUCAGCCAGAAUGAUGUUAUUAGCUUUGAUGCCGUGUAUGGGUUGACUGCGGCAGGUAUGCAAUGGCAUUUUCGUAAUCAAAGAUACACUCUACGCCAGUCACCCAGUGCUAUAGUUGUAGUAAGGAUCGGUGGCAUCACGGCGGAGAAUAGGUUGAGCACUUUGUCUGAAAUCUUAGAAAACGUUCCUAUGGACUCAGCUCCUGAAGAUGCCGAUUUGAAUUUUGACUGCGUCGCAUGGUUUCGACAUGCGGUGCGCACACUGCAUGCCAAAGGCUUCAUCAACUGUUCAGAUCCUAUCGCUCUACACAAGGAACUUCAAGCACUCGCGCUGGCGCAGGAACCAAAGACGAGAAGAGGGAAGGGGUAUAAGUACCACAUCUCAUCUGUUUCUACCUAAAGCUUUCGGAUGUUUAUUGUAUAUAUCCCACAGGCCGUUGUAUGUAUAUAUGCGGGUCUCAAAUAUCAAUAUACCGAACCAGAGAUCCAGUCUAGAACGCCGGGUUCACAUGCACUGAACCAUGUUCAAUGACGACUAGCCGCUACCGUUAGGGGGCUGACCGGUGAUAGUACAUAUCAACAUAAGGCUUUCUUCCUCUACUCCGUUUCCGUAUUUCGCCUUCUUCCUCAACAUCCUCCACCUCAACUACAAGCAGCUCAGCAUGAUUCCUGUUCUCACUCAUUAACCUCCUUUUCUCUUCUUCCUACGCAAUCUCCUUACAGACAUCGCAGACUCAGAGUUCAUAGAAAUUAUUCCGCUCUUCCUCAUAACUUUGGUCUAUGUCGUCACCGUUAACUUCCUGCAGGGUCUUCUGUUUGACACAACUUUCAAGUUCCUCAAGUGUAGAUCGAGUCAUCCUCAACGGGUUGCUUUGAAGACAUUAAAAGCCUGUCCUAUGUUUGCUGAUAUUAAUCUGUAUGCGGCUGCCACUCACAAUACACAGUUCCAUACAUC